AAAACCGGAUAAAUAUCCAUUCAUAAUGAAUCCCUCAUGCAGUGCAAAAAUUCAGAUUGGUCUGAAGUUUCUAAAAAGCGUACUUUUCUCAUAUAGUCAGCAAUUCUUAUUCUUACUUUGAUCUUAACUUCCCAAGUAUCAAAGCGAUUGUUCUCUUCCUAUGAUGUGUUGCUUUGGUCUGUCUAGUGGAUCUCCUCCGAUCCACUCACGUCCUCCUGUUCCAUCCCGGGUCAUCGCCAUACUUCCCCCCACCUAUCGCCCCAGUUGCAACAUUGCCAGCAUGCCUGUUAUUGUCGAGCCAUACAUACACAGAACUAUCGUGCCCACGCCGCAUGGUAUACACCUACCACAUCAAUCUUCGCAUCACCCUUUACAUCAUGGCAAUUCAGGAUACCGAAGGGAACGAAGCUUGUCGCUUCAUCAUGGGUCGAGGAUGCAUCAUGCAUAAGGGUCUAGUAAACCUGAUAAUGGAUUGUUUGGGAGGCAUCAUUGAAGUGAGAAAAGGGGAAGAGUGGAUAAGUCGCU